GAGGCAGGGAGGUCGAGGCACAACAAAUGUCUAGAAAAUAACGUCUUGCUGUUUUUCUUUUUUUUCGCUUCGUUACGGUUGAACAGCGAUACAUGCCAGAGCUUGCACGAGUAUCUCGGGCACGGUACAGAAUAGAUAUUUCAUUGUUACGGGCUGGAAUAUUUUUCGCUGACAGGAAAUAAUGCUCGUCCCGUCUUGUCUCGUUAGGAGGAUUCCUGUAGCCAUUCUUGCAUGUAGCGCCGGCUCGCUCGUCCGCUCGCUGUUGCACGCGCGCGCUUUAUGCCGCCCACUCCGCGCCGCCCCGAAUUAAUGGCACAGAAGCUCGGGGGGAGAGGGGGGAGGGGUAGGUUGAGAGGGAUACUUUUCGGUUGGCCGGUCGGCGGCAGGCCCCGCAUUCCGCAGUCCGCGAAACAAAGUUCAGUUGCGCGCCGUCGGUUCGUUACGAGGGACCAGUUUCGUGAAAACCGGCAACCCCCUACCCCCGUUUUGCACCUCGUCCCGUCGCCAGUCUCUCCCCUCUGGAAUUUUCAUCCCCCACCAAGAAAGCGCGGCCGGGUCUAGCGGCGAAAUAACUAUUGUAUCGGCGGCGAUAGUCGCUCGGCGGACUUCCGGUCGCGCACCUCGCGUCGCGCCGUUUCGCUCCGUCGACGUGUGGAUGUUCCAUCGUCGGCUAACGGGAACGCUUGGACGUCGCGCUGUGAAAGCCGCGGGAAUCUUAUUGUUCGGGGGCCCGCCGGUAGGCCGCAUAGGAAAAUCAUCAAGAGGCUGCAGCCGAAAGGUCACAGUUUUUGCGACACACGCCGCACCGCCAAGCUGGGAAUCAGGUCCUCGUAGUCAAAGGCAGCGGAAAAUGCGACAUAAUCAACGAUAGGAAUUGAUGACCCGCCGGGGGCAAGAAGUCUGACCCGAUCGAGGGGCCGCUUACCGGAAACGGACGACCAAAAAUGUGACGCGCGGCGGACACGCGACGCUCGCCGCUCGAACAGAAGAGGACUGGACGACUAUUGAAAGAGCGCGACGCUGGAUUCACCGGUCGGACAACAUGAAUUCUAGCGGCGAGUCCGGGGGCACGAUGACCGAGGACUACGAGGUGACCGGCUGCGGUCCACCGGAAGAGGAGACGGGCUCGAACUUGCCGGUGUGGGAGGCCGCGGCGGCUUCCUUGACCCUCGGGUUCCUGGUGCUGGCGACCGUCCUCGGCAACGCUCUGGUGAUCCUGAGCGUGUUCACGUACCGGCCGUUGAGGAUCGUGCAGAACUUCUUCAUCGUGUCUCUGGCGGUGGCGGACCUGGCGGUGGCGAUCCUCGUGAUGCCGUUCAACGUCGCGUACCUGCUGCUCGGCAAAUGGAUCUUCGGGAUCCACCUGUGCAAGCUGUGGCUGACCUGCGACGUUCUCUGUUGCACCGCGAGCAUCCUGAACCUGUGCGCGAUCGCGCUCGACCGAUACUGGGCGAUCACCGAUCCGAUCAACUACGCGCAGAAACGCACCCUGAAGCGGGUGCUGGGAACGAUCGCGGGCGUGUGGAUCCUGUCGGGGGCGAUCAGCUCGCCGCCGUUGGCCGGCUGGAACGACUGGCCCGAGGAGCUGGAGCCCGGCACGCCGUGUCAGCUGACGAGGAGGCAGGGCUACGUGAUCUACUCGUCGCUGGGCUCGUUCUUCAUACCGCUGCUGCUGAUGAGCCUGGUCUACCUCGAGAUCUUCCUGGCCACGAGGAGAAGGCUCCGGGAGCGCGCCAGACAGAGCAGACUGGGCGCCGUCCAGUCGACCAGGCACCGGGAGGCCGACGACAACGAGGAGUCCGUCAGCUCGGAGACCAAUCAUAACGAGAAGUCGACGCCGCGGACCCACGCGAAACCCUCGCUGAUCGACGACGAGCCCACCGAGGUGACGAUAGGGGAGGAGAGAAGACACGCGACGACCUCCUCGUCGAGGCGGACGGCUGGCAGCAGCCGAGCACCGCCCACCACCACCACGGUCUACCAGUUCAUCGAGGAGAGACAGAGGAUCUCCCUGUCGAAGGAGAGACGCGCCGCGAGGACCCUCGGCGUGAUCAUGGGCGUCUUCGUGGUCUGCUGGCUGCCGUUCUUCCUGAUGUACGUGAUCGUGCCGUUCUGCCCGGCCUGCUGCCCGUCCGACCGCGUGGUCUACUUCAUCACGUGGCUCGGCUACGUGAACAGCGCCCUGAACCCGCUCAUCUAUACGAUCUUCAACCUCGACUACAGGAGAGCCUUCAGGAGGCUGCUGCGCAUACGCUGAACAACCAACCGCCGGUCGAUUCGGAUCGCUCUCGCCAGCUCCCUGCCUCGGGAACGCCGCUCUCGAGAACCGUGUCUCUCGGUGGCUAGAAAACUCUGUUGUUCCUCGUUCUCGUUGCGUCGCUCGGCGCCGGUUACGACCGAGCUUCCUCGGCGAGACGCCUCGCCGGACCUCUGGCAUCGGGGGAAUCCGGGGGAUCAUGGGAAUCAUGGGAAUCGGGGGGUCGCACCGACGCGAUAUCCAGUUUAUGUCCGUCGCCGGAACGAUCGAGCGGUCUUCGGGGCUCCCACGGCCAGCGCACCAAACCAAAUUACCGGGAAUUUCAAUGAAACCCGGCCCUCUCUGUGCGCCGCUCUGCUCCGCUGCCCCGGUCCGCAUGCUCGCGCGUUUAUUUUCCGUCGGGAGGACGGGAAAUCCUGGCGAGACCGUGGUCGCGCCACGUGAAUUUCGCCGCACGGUGAUGAGGCUCGAUCGAUCAUAGCCUUCUCCGGAACGAUCGGUCCCCGCGAUAUCAAGCCCGGUGUACCACCCGCGCGAUCGUUGAAUUUUCGAGUCUCCGAGCCGCGCAACCAUCGUCUCGAAAUUCUACCGUGGCCGUGAAUGAUUGAUACUCCUUUAAUGGGGUCUCCGUGUGGCGGACCAAGAAUGGUUGGACUCGCCGGCAUUCUUCCAGCGAAUAAUUAACACUCGGCGGCUCCGCGCUCUACGCGCGCGUUUUCCUUUCCGUGGUCGAAAUAAAAGGCGCGGACGCGCGUUUCUUAAUCGCGCGCUUCGCGAUCUAACGAGUAAUGAAACAACGACGAUGCUCGGCACCUUUCUGUUUUCAUCUCGCGCGUCAUCUUCGUCGAGGUUGUCGAAAAAGCUGCACGGUUGGGUCUCGUGUAACGCGAAUUCCUGAGACCUGAAACUCCUUAAUUGAUCUUCGGUUUGGAGGCCAAAGUGGACAAUUUGGGAAGAGGAGGUUAGAUUAUGCGAGGCUUGUGACUUGUUUUUAUUGUUGUUGACAAUCGGUUGCUAUGAAAACGAGCCGCAAGGCUCGCGUAAUCGUGUCUCCUUUUCUCUAAAUUGUCUAUUUUUGCGUACAAGCUGAGCGUCGAUUAGAGAGAAUUUACUACAGCGCGCGACAUACGGUAAUACCUCCUUAAUUGACGCUCGGCUUAAAAACAAAAGUGGACAAUUUGGGACGAGGAGAUAUUAUUAU